AAAAAGCUAUCAACCAUGUCCGGAAGAGGAAAGGGUGGCAAGGGCCUCGGAAAGGGAGGAGCUAAGCGCCACCGUAAGGUUCUGAGGGAUAACAUCCAGGGUAUCACCAAGCCCGCCAUUCGCCGUCUUGCAAGGCGUGGUGGUGUCAAGCGUAUCAGCGGUCUCAUCUACGAGGAGACACGUGGCGUUCUCAAGAUCUUCCUUGAGAACGUCAUUCGCGAUGCCGUCACUUACACCGAGCACGCUCGCCGUAAGACAGUUACUGCCAUGGAUGUCGUCUACGCACUCAAGAGGCAGGGCAGGACCCUCUAUGGAUUUGGAGGCUAAAUGAACUUCUCUUAAUUUGGGAUUUUAGGGUUUAGAUUUAUUUUCCUAGUUUUAAAUUCGAUUUUCUGGAUGUCCCUCUUUAGGGACUUGUUUUGUUGAUACGAGAUUAUGACUCUUUGAAUGAAUGGUGUAAGGCUUUUACUAUCAGUGGUAUAAAUGAAAACUGAUUGUUUCCUAUUUUCUGAAUGUGCUGACU